AUGCUGGCGGCCGUGCUGUGUGUUGCGGCCUUGGGGCACCUCGUGCUAGGAGAGAGCCCCCAGGUCACCACCUCCUAUGGUACCAUGAAGGGGCAGGUCCUCAAGUCUAGGGAUGGCAGGGACUACUUUUCCUUCACCAGGAUACCUUAUGCCAAGCCGCCUGUAGGAGAGCGGAGGUUCUUGAAUUUUAGGUAUCUAGGGUAUACGAUAACUAGAAAAAACGAAAUCGAAGAGAAUAUUAAGGUUAGGCUGAAGGUGGGAAAUGCUUUUCUUUAUGGAUGCGAAACGUGGCCGCUUACAAUAAGGGAUGAACAACGGCUUAAAGUUUUUGAAAAUAAAGUAUUGCGCAGAAUAUUCGGACCGAAAAAGGACGAGUCAACCGGAGAAUUUUGGCGGUUACACAACGCUGAAUUGCGUGAACGGUAUCCGGUUAAUAUAAUUGAGGAGAUUAAGUUGAGGCGAAUUAAAUGGGCAAAUAAAAUCGCUGAGAUCAGUAACGAAAGAAUUCCUAAAAAGUUAAUAUUCGCUGUACCGACUGGCGAAGCGAGGGUGACAGGAAGGUUACCAGUUAUCUUCUACAUACAUGGAGGUGGUUUCAUAAUAGGUUCUGCUGCUGAUCUCGGAUCCGCCAAAUCUUUCAUGGACGAAGAUGUAGUUUUGGUUACAAUUAACUAUCGUCUUGGAACUAUGGGAUUCCUCAGUUUGGAAGACAAUACUUUACGUGGGAACAUGGGUCUUAAAGACCAAGCCCUGGCUUUGGAAUGGGUCCAUCAAGAAAUCAGUGCAUUCGGAGGGGACCCGAAUCUGAUAACCGUUGCAGGUGGGAGUGCUGGAGCGGCGUCUACGCACUUUCUUUGUGAAGUUCCGAGGACGAAUGGUGAGCGCACUGUUUCAUGA